GAAUAUGGACGACGAUCGGCAGAAGGUGUUGGUGACGUGGGUGGGACGCACCGAGGGUGUCACCCACGUCAAGAAAGCCCUCAAGGAACUCGUGAAGACCAGCAGAACCAUCUUGCCCUCAGGUGGUGCACUCUACACCAUCUGCGAAAACUUCGACACCUUCCAGAAGGGAGGUCUUUACCCACUGCUUCACCUGACGGAGGAGUCAGUCACCAUUAGCAAGUUCCUCAAAAUUCACUCGUAUCUGGAUGCUCUAGCUCUGGGCCCUGAGAACAUGGUCGACCAGGGUAUGUUUGAGGAAGUAGCGUGUGUCAGACCUGCCGUGGAGGAUCUGGAGGUCACUAACUCUGUACUAGCAGUCUCUGCCUUCAAGAGUCUUGAACCCUCGCCUAACACCAAGCUAGUUAAGGAGUGGAAGCAGUGGACAGGAGCGAGGGCCUUCCUGCAGGAGGUGGUGAUGGCGGGUCUGCAGUGCCUGGAGAUCAGGUUUCUGGUCAAGGUGGCGCCCUACGAGGAGCCUGCUGGCUUCUGCUACAUUCUGCUGACCAAGGUUGCUAUCCACGACCCCAGUGACGAGAACAUAGCAGUGGACGUCCUACAGAGGUUGCGCGUAGAGAGAUGGUCCGGUUACAACACCAUAUACAGGGAGGUUCAGUGACUUGCUCUUUGUCCUCCCCUUCCAUGAACCUUCUUGCCCUCUCUCUGAGCCCCUACUCAUCUGUGUCUAUGAAGAACAGCAUCCUACAGAGGUUGCACAUGGAGAGAUGUUCUGGUUACAACACCAUCUACUGGAAGGUUCAGUGACUUGCUCUUUGACUGCCCCCUCCAAGAACCUUCUUGGUGUCUCUCUCUGAACCCCUUCUCAUCUGUGUGUCUCUGAAGAACAGCAACCUUGUUCCAGCAACCUGUCUUUGGGACUUUCAUGUUUCCCUGGACCUGCAUCUGCAGCAUCUGAGGUGCAGUUCUUGCAUGGUCUUGAAGUCCUUCAAGACUCAUGGUAUCAACUUUAUGUUGUUGCACCCUAGCACCCUACCACAUGAGCAACAUUCACCUUCGACCUGUAUCAACAUCUUCAAGAUUUAAGACUCAUCUUUAUCACAUCUGCCAAGCUCAGCCACAACCUGCUGGAACUGCUUCUAGACACUCGUGUAAGCCUUGGUCCGCAUGUGCAGCACGUGACCCCAUGCUGCUGCUGUUAGUGAGGUUGCAAAGCUUGUUAAAAGCCAGAAGAGAUCCAGCAACUCUCAGUGCACAUAUGAUGUUGCAUUACAUCCAUUUCCAAAAUUAAGUUUGUAAAAGUCUUUUUUGGAUUGUUGCCAUCUAUCAUAACUGUAUGCAAAUGUGAGUGAGUGAGUGAGUGAGUGAGUGAGUGUGUGAGUGUGUGUGUGUGUGUGUGUGUGUGUGUGUGUGUGUGUGUGUGUGUGUGUGUGUGUGUGUGUGUGUGUGCGCACACAUGUGCAUUUGGUCAUUUAGAGAGAAUGGAUCAAAGUAGAAUGACAUGGAGAGCGUAUAAGUCUGUGGGGGAAGGAAGGCGGGGUAGGGUCAUCCUCAAAAAGGUUGAAGGGAGGGACUAAAGGAGGUUUUGUGGGCGAGGGGCUUGGACUUCCAGCAAGCGUGCGUGAGCGUGUUAGAUUGGAGUGAAUGGAGACGAAUGGUAUUUGGGACUUGAUGAGCUGUUGGAGUGUGAGCAGGGUAAUAUUUAGUGAAGGGAUUCAGGAAAACCGGUUAUUUUUAUAUAGCUGGACUUGAGUCCUGGAAAUGGGAAGUACAAUGUCUGCACUUUAAAGGAGGGGUUUGGGAUAUUGGCAGUUUGGA